CAUCACGGCAAACUGGUUUCAGUUGCCGACAGACCUUGCUAAGGAGCUGAUCUCUAGUGCUCAAAGUUUUGCUUUUAGUUCUUAUCGUCUAGAGAAAUCUGUUUGCCCUACUAAGAUGCUGUUGGUUCUUUUACCAUUGAUGAGCUGCUUGCUGGCUGUCCAAGCUGGAUCGGUGGAGGAGGUCUUCAGAACUCAUCAGGUGGUCCCCGAUGUCAUUUCCGAGCCGCCAAACCAGUUAUUAAAGGUCACGUACAGCAACGGCCUGGUGGCCAAGGAUGGAGUGGAGCUAACACCCACUCAGGUUAAGGACCAACCGAAUGUGGAGUGGGAUGCUCAGCCAGGCGAGUUCUACACCCUCAUCAUGACUGACCCCGAUGCACCCAGUCGGACGGAGCCCACGGUCCGCGAGUUUAAGCACUGGGUGCUGGUCAAUAUCGCCGGUAAUGAUUUGGCCAGCGGUGAGCCGAUCGCCGGGUACAUUGGCUCCGGUCCUCCCCAGGGAACUGGUCUGCAUCGCUACGUCUUCCUGCUGUACAAACAGUCCGGCAAACUUGAGUUCGACGAGGAGCGCGUGAGCAAUAAAUCCCGAAAGGAUCGCCCGAAAUUCAGCGCCUCUAAGUUCGCCAAAAAGCAUCAGCUGGGAAAUCCCAUCGCCGGAACUUUCUACCAAGCCCAGUACGAUGACUAUGUACCCAAAUUGCACAAGCAACUUUCGGCAAAUUAACUAUGUUUUUUUAAAUGAACUUUUAAAUGGUUUACUAGCCUUUCGCAAAUUAUUCAAAAAUGUAAGAGAAAUUAAAUAAAGUGAUUUUUCAACAUAAGACAACAGUUUAA